AUGAAAAUCAAAUACUUGCUGUUAUCUUUAGCGCCCAGGUUCAUAGCCUCUGCAAAGAAAGUCUUUAUUGACAAUGAUGGGUUGGAUGCCUUGCAACUUUUAUAUCCGCUAUAUGGUGGAUAUGAAAUUGUUGGAAUUUCAAUGAGCUUCGGAAGCGUUUCAGCCGUCGAUGGGCUGGGGCAAGCUUACGAUCUAUUAGUCAAUUACAACCUUUCUUCAUGCAUACCCUUAUACCUUGGUGCUGAACAACCUUUAAUGCAAACUAAUGAAACGUUCCACAUUCACAAUCAAUUAUUUGGCGCUCCUGUUUGGGAAGGAGCAUUUGCUUCCUCUUAUCGGAACUCCUACAACUGGUCAGACUUUACGUAUAAGAAUGAGACUCCCGGUGCUGUCGCCUUGAUUGAAGCUGUGAGAAAGUAUAAAGAUACCGAUCCCGUCGCGAUCUUUGCAGCUGGAAUGAUGACUACAGUUGCACAAGCUUUGAGUAUAUACCCGCGCUUAGCAGAAGAAGCUGCCGGUCUCUACAUAAUGGGCGGAUAUAUUGAUACACAAUAUGCCCAAGCCACUGGGAACUCAUUGGAGGUUGACAUCAAUACAGACAUAAAUCUGAUUCAAGAUCCUGAAGGUGCUCAGAUCACUCUCACCGCGCCCUGGAAAAAGAUAGUUAUCGGAGGUAAUUUUACAAAUUACAUCACCCCCUCUCAAGAGAUCUUUGACCGGAUUAUAGACAGAGCAGGUGGUAUGAGUGUGAUUGAAAAUACCCCCUAUCUAGGACCCGUCCAGACCUUUAUCUACGAUGGAAACUAUACGGACAUUCAGUCUGAAGCACUUCCGUAUUGGGAUGAUGCUGUCGCGGCCAUCAUCGGUUUUCCAAAUCUGAUAUUAGACUCUUUAGACGUCAAAUGUGCAGUCGAUACCGCCUUUUAUUCUCCCUUUUAUGGUAAUUUAAGAGUUUGGGGAGAACAAUUCGCACCUACCUCGGGAAUCAAGACAGGAAAUGGAACAUUCAUCAAUGCUAUUCAGAAAGACGUAUUCUAUGACUUGAUGGUAGAGGUGCUUUUCACCGACUGGAGACAAUAUUGUCAUACGGGGAAGAUCUUCCCUUACGAAGAAUAA